CCGAAAGCAUCAGCGAUGGCCCAAGUUUAUUGUUUUGGUCGCAUAUUACAAACUUUAUUUUCCCUCUACCUCGGCCCAGACGCUGAGUUACAGACGUACCAAGUGAAACAUGACGACACCGGGGCUCUGGUGAUAGCUGAGCCCGCCAAAACUGACGACUCGCCUGACGUCAUGGAAACCAGCCCUGACGCAACCGCUCUCAUCGUCAGUUUCACCUCCAAGACGGGCCGAGGAAGGUUCCAGGCGUCAUGGACACAGUUUACCCACACACCAGCUAACGGGACCUGUAACGGUUUCCUGUGCGCGGGGCAUGCCGGUCGCUGCAUCCACACUGCCCUGGUGUGUAACGGGUUUCCCAACUGCGGCAGCAGGGACAACUCUGACGAGACAGACUGCCAGCCUCAGUCAGGAGGAUCAGACAACGUGGUGGUGGGAAUCGUGGUGGCGCUAGUCCUAGCGGUUCUGCUGCUAAUUGCAGCGGCGUGUGUGGGGCACGCCUACAGGCAGCGCCAGGUGGACAAGCGUGGGAGACCGCUGAGGUCAACGGACGCUCGGUCGUCGACCCGGUCCAACAGGAGACUGAAAGAGAACAUGAAGGUACCGACAGAGGAGGAUGAUGAAGAGGCGAGAGGGCUGAGGGACGGGAACCCGCACACGUAGCGUCUUCUUAGAUGUGGUCUUAAUUUUUAUUUUGUACAGAAAAAAUGAAUUUAAAUGGACACUGUUUUUCAACUUGACACCAUUGAUUAUAGCUGACAAGAGAUGAUACUGACGUGAAUAUAGAAAUUAUUUUGUUUGAUAUUUCUUUUUUAAGAGAUGAUUAUCUAAGCAAAACUGCUUUGUUCAUCGGAGGUAUAUAUAUAUAAUCACAACGGCACUGUCUUUGAAUUGGUCCGGCAAUACGCAAAACGCCGUUACACUGACCGGAACGUCCCAAAGAUUCAGAAUAUCUUGAUUUUUUCAAUGCAUAAAAUGGAUGUAAAUAAGAUAGGAGAGACAAAGAGAGAAUAAGGGAAAGGGAGAGAACAAGACAAAAUUUGCAGGUGACCCGUUGUUUUCUUAAGCCAAAGAUCCCUACAGAGAACAGCGGUCGGUGUACAUUUAACACAUUUAUACUUGUUACGUUUGACACUACUCCUGUAUGUGCUAAUAGUGAACAUGUGCCAAUUGCCUCUGGUGCUAGAAUCAGUUCAGUUUAGUAGGAAAAUUAGAUUAAAGAUUUGAAGAAUAAGAUAUUCUGCUAAUUAUAAAGCACAAAAUGUUUUAGAGAUUGAUCUAACAUGUACAUGUGUUGAGAUAAGAUAUUCAGAAUCCUAAUAGAAGCCGUUCAGCCUAUAUAUGUAUCACAUCGACAAUUUAAUUCUUCUAAGUUUUAGGCGAACCAAGUGCCUUAUGUAACAAAUUACACAAUAAGGGCAGGAUUAAGCCAAUAAUACGGCAUAUACGGCUCUGCAAUCUUACAUUGUUGUCUGUUCCAACGGCUGUCAUAAAUGAUGUAGAAAGUUUUUAACGCCACCAAAAUGUAAGAAGAAACAAACGCCAGGUGAGAUAACGCAAUUCUACUUUACCCUAUUGACUUUGUUGGUUUUACGUUGAUAUUGACACAUUGUCAUACCAGUUGUGAUUGAUAAAGUUUCAAGACAAGAAUAAACAUUUCGAUAACAAUAUAUGAAUUGCUGUUUGGUAUAAGCUGUAUGAACAUAAUGUAAAGGAGUUUCAUGUUGAAAUAUGACGACGUCAUUCCAUUCGCUGCCAAGUACGUAAAGAGUGUUUUGAGGUUAGGAUUUUUACGUGCAGAGUUAUCAUAAGUUAAGGUAUUACUGACAUUUCAUAUAUGUGAUGAUUUUUCUUUUAUUCUGUUCUAAGAAAUUAUUUGCGAUGUACUGUUUACCAUUCCAUAAAUAUCUGUGUGUACUUAGCUUGGAUGAUAUUUAAAACGAA